CGAGUCGUCUGGCAAGACUGCGGGCACCGAGUCGUCUGGCAAGACUGCGGGCACCGAGUCGUCUGGCAAGACUGCGGGCACCGAGUCGUCUGGCAAGACUGCGGGCACCGAGUCGACUGGCGGAACAGCGGGCAACGAGUCGUCUGGCAAGACAGUGGGCUCCGAGUCAACAGGCACGACAGUGGGCACCGGGUCAUCAGCGGGCAUCGGGUCACCAGGUAUGACAGCGGGCACUGGGUCACCAGGCAUCAGCGGGCAUCGAGUCAACUG